AUUUUGGUUUGAUACAGCUUAGACUUGGAGUCGGUUGAUCGGUACAUAUAUUUCUCUGUACCGGUUCUUCGUGGGCUUCAAUGGAUCAAAAGGCCCAAUAAAUUAGCUACUGGGCCUAUUAGAUGUACAGUAGUAGAACAAAAACAAAUUAAAAAAAACCCAGGUCGUGAGGAGUUUGAAUCACACGAUAUACGAGGCUGCUUCAUUGGUCACUCCAUUCAAAUACCAACCGUCCAAUCACUCAUCGCCGUUAUACAUCGAACGGUUGAGAUCUAAUAUAUGCAGUCAAAGGGACCUACAUCAAUUACAUCGAUGCCCCCACCUCCAACGCUCCACCUCCUGCAAAAGAGUAGAGUACCUGACAAACAGAAUAGUGGUAGUUUCGUAAAAAAGAAUCUUUCGUUUACUCAUCGCCAACAUAAGAUCAGCUGAAAGCGAUAGUGUGAAGAAGAAGAAAGAGGUUUUCGAUAAUGGCGAACGUUGUGGCUCGAGACGUAGAUGAAGAGCUAUCCCUGUUCCUGGAGAUGCGAAGGCGCGAGAAGGUUCAAGGCGUUUCUUCUCUCUCAGAGCCUGGAACAAAGAGUGUUGAGGAGACUACCACAGAGAGCUUAGAGUCAACAACAACGAGAUAUGUUCAUCUGCGUAGGAGCGCUAUUGAGAAGUUCUUGGACUCUGAGAACAACAAAUCUGAUUAUGAGUGGUUACUUGCGGCUCCAGAGACAGGAGGUGAGGAAGAAGCGCAAGAGAACUCUAUGGUUAAACUCAAGCAGUCUAAAGCAGCUAGGUCUACUGCUCUAAAACCACGGGUUGAAAACAUUAUGCAAGAAGCUGUGACGUUGAGCGUUAAGGCUUCCAAGAAAACCACAAGGUUGGAUUCUUCAACAGCUGUGAGCAAACAGUCCAACACCAUUGCAGAACCAGAAACAAAAAGUAAGCCUUCAAGACAAGCUACACCAACUCAACGAACCACAUUAUCUUCGGCAAGACCAACCAACCCUGCUCCUAGAGCCUCGUCAAUCAAAUCAAACCCACGAGCAGCUGCGUUUACCCGUUCAUCUUCUGUGGGGAAGUCAGUUCCUACUGCUGCUAAGUCCACAUCUUUAACAAUCCGUGAAAUACCGGCUCGACCAGUCUCAACUUCAAGAACUAGAGUCUACAGUUCUGGUCGCAGAUCAACGGGACGGUCGUCCAAGAUUAGCGAUGAUGUGAAUCCUGUUUUGAUGGGGACUCAAAUGGUGGAAAGAGUGGUGAACAUGAGGAAACUGCCACCUCCAAAACAUGAUGACAACAACAUGAACUCGGGAUUCGGGAGAACUCUCUCUAGGUCGUCUCUUGAUAUGGCCAUGAGGCACAUGAACAUAAAGCCUAGUGUUCCGGGGAAUCUCCGGGUGUCAAGCAAUGCAACAAACUCAAUGGACAAGAACAAGUCAUCGCCAUCCUCUUACUGCCCUAAUAUGCCAGCAUUCUAGUUAAUGAAAUUCUCUGUUGAUUUUUGUAGCAACAAUCUUAUGAAAACUACCUUAUUCUUAGCAUAUAGACGUUACAUAUCAUAUUGUGAACUUAUUUUUUGGGUUACUUGCCAUUUACGUCAUUACUUAUCAUCGU